AUGACAGAAUUUUGCAAUAAGAAAAUAAGGUACGAAUACUGGACUCCCGAGGAAGAUGAAAUGCUUUCGGAGAUGACAAAAACGCAGCUUCAGAAUUAUUCUUUCAAACCGAAAACUAGUCAGGAACACGGAGCUUCUGGGAAAGAUAAAAUACCUUCGAAGUGCAUUACCUAUACAACGGAUCCGGCUUGCAAUUUAGGAGUAGCUAACGGCACAGCAAAAAACACGCAGCAGUUUGAGCAAUAUUUUGUAAAGAGGAAAAUGGGACAUUGGACUUCUGAGGAAGAUAAACAGCUUUUGGAGAUAGUAAAAAAGUGUGGCCCAUAUAACUGGGAAAAAAUGUCUACGUACCAUCCUACUCGGAAUGGCAAGCAAAUGCGGGUACGAUGGCUAUCUCACUUAAGAGGAGUCAACAAAAAACCAUUCUCAGAUGAAGAGGUUGCCACUGUUUAUUAUCUACAUGACAUAGAAAGCAAAGGAUGGGCUGAAAUUGCAAAAAGACUUGGUAAUGGACGUGCGGCAAAUUCGUGCAAAAACGUUUAUCACAAUGUCGUUUACAAGAAACUUAGGAGUUGUCCAGAAUCUGCCAGCAAAUAUACAGAGUUAUAUUUUGCAGCACUCGUGAGAGAGUUGUCAGCCACAGAAAAGAUGACAAUAGAGCUUCUUGUAAGCAAUGCAAUGAAUGUUUCGGUCGAUGACCCCGGGUUAUAA